CGCGUAACUCGGUUUGGUUCUUCAAAUGCUGACUUCUGUAGCUUGAGUGAUAACAGCAGGGCGCGAGAGGCGUUGCGUCAAUGCCUUCCCGAACCUUUGCGCGAUGCGACAUUCUCCUCCGUACUCCGCGACGACGCCGCCACUAAGCGCUGCUUGGCACAGCUUCUCAUCAACCUUUCGGAUAACGUCUCCGAUGGCGCACCUGGUGUUGCGAUGUAAAAAGUUCAAAAGCAUUUGUUUUCCUUCUGGUUUACUUGAUAUAUUUGACAACCUUACGACAUGCAUGGGGCGGGCUUUAGGCGAAACACGGAAUACAAGGCGCAAACUGUGUGGAAUGGCAAUGCAAUGACGCGAUCUCAGGAAAGUUGCACAAAAUCAACAGAGAGAAAAAGAGAAGACAUGGCGGGUAUGGGAGCACUGGGCUUGGGGGUUUCUGUCUUGUUAUGGUUUGAAAGGUUCUGUUGUUUUGCUGGUUAUCUAUUCUUUCUUCCCUGUCCCUGGCUUUUACUGUGGCUUUCUUUCUGCUUUCUAUUUACCCCUAUUUUUCAUUCGUCCAACACUUCGUUCCCCUUCGGCCAUAGUGGUAUGGCUGUGCGGUGGCGUGGAUACGGCUGGCGCUAUUUUUCUGUGUGCAUUUUGCUUGUCCUCUAUGUUCCCCAUUCCCCAUCCUCCAUCUGAGUGAGAUAGACCCUCUUUGAGCGAGAUACCAAGAUCUAGUUUCAUGUUUCGUUGGAUGGUGCUGAUUCUGCUUGUUGCUUAAGUUUCAUUUGCUGGUGACCUGAUUACAUGCAGAGGCAAAUUAUCAUUAUCAUAAGACAUUCUCUCCUUGACUUCAUAAUAUGAGCCUGUAUCAUCAUCUAAAAUAGUC